UGGCCUCAAGUUUCGCUUAUCGCCGCUGCCUCGUGAGUCUUAAGUUUAACCCUCUUCCUUUCACUCGCCAGAUCGACCAUCGUCGCACCCCGUCGUCUCCUCCUCCUCUAGCCUCCUCUGGUCGGAGCUCUGCCAGGACCCCGGAGGGAGAGCCGCCAUGGAAGCUCUCGUGGCUUCUUCCCUGCCCUCCGUCCGCAUCCGGGAACCGCAUCCCGGGAGCCUUUUCUUCCGACCCAGAUCAGUGAACCUUCUUCCCCCGCUGAGGCGGACCGCGGGCUCCAAGCUCCGCGCGGCGGUUUCGUCGCCGGCGUCGUCCGGCGUCUCGGCGGAGCCCGCGGCCCCGGUCGAGACCGAUGCCCCAGGCGACGCCGCGGGGGAGAAGUUUGACUGGUACUCGCAGUGGUACCCGGUGAUGCCGGUCUGCGACCUGGACAAGAGGAGGCCGCACGCGAAGAAGGUGAUGGGCCUCGACGUGGUGGUGUGGUGGGACAGGAACGAGGAGGCCUGGAAGGUGUUCGAUGACACUUGUCCUCAUCGCCUGGCGCCGCUGUCCGAGGGGAGGAUCGAUCAGUGGGGGAGGUUGCAGUGCGUGUACCACGGGUGGUGCUUCGGUGGAUCCGGGGACUGCAAGUUCAUCCCCCAAGCGCCUCCUGAUGGUCCUCCGGUUCACACAUUUAAGAAAGCAUGUGUGGCCGCUUAUCCAAGUACUGUGCAGCACGAUAUUGUGUGGUUUUGGCCAAAUAGUGAUCCUCAGUACAAAGACAUUAUAAUGAAGAAGAAACCCCCGUACAUUCCAGAAUUAGAUGACCCAUCUUAUUCAAAGCUUAUGGGAAACAGAGAAAUUGCCUAUGGUUACGAGGUGUUGAUUGAAAAUCUUAUGGAUCCUGCUCACGUCCCAUAUGCCCACUAUGGUAUAAUGCGAACUCAACAGCCGAAAAACAGAGUGAAAGCUGAUAGAGAAGGGGGAAGACCAGUUGAAAUGAGUAUAAAGAAAUUCGAUAUUGAUGGUUUCUUAGCAAAGCAGGAGUGGGGAAGUAGCAAAUUCAUGCCACCAUGCAUAUUUUAUGCUUAUUCUGAACGUCCAUCGGAUCCAGGAAAUGGGACUGCUAUGUCAGAUGGAAGCAAAAUGACACAGGAGUCUUCAGCACCUGCAGCAACACGGAGAAUGGCUUUGAUUUUCAUUUGCAUUCCAGUGAGUCCUGGUAACAGUAGAUUGAUAUGGACCUUCCCGAGAAACUUUGGAGUAUGGAUUGACCAAGUGGUUCCACGAUGGAUAUUUCAUGUGGGACAGAACCUGAUUCUGGAUUCAGAUUUAUAUCUUCUUCAUGUUGAGGAGCGAAAGAUAAUGGAGGUGGGCAUUUCCAAUUGGCAAAAGGCCUGUUUCGUGCCAACAAAGUCGGAUGCUCUUGUUGUCGGUUUCAGGAAGUGGUUGAAUAAGUAUGCUGGCGGUCAAGUUGAUUGGAGGGGCAAGUUCAGUGGUGCUCUCCCCGCUACUCCUCCAAGAGAACAGCUGAUGGACAGGUACUGGUCUCACGUGGUGAACUGCCACAGCUGCAACGUUGCAUACAAAGGUCUCAAUGCACUCGAGGUCGCCUUGCAGGUGUUGUCUGUAGCUUCUCUGGGAGUUGUUGCCGUGGCAAAACAAAAUGUGUUGUCGGCCAUAGCAAGAACUACACUUGUGGUGAUGGCCGUAGCGUUCUUCGGGGCAUCCAAAUGGUUGGCUCAUUUCAUAUACAAGAACUUCCGGUACCAUGACUAUGACCAUGCCUUCCGCUGAGAUCCGAGUUUCAUUAUCUCUACUUUUUCUCUCCCUGAUCUCUGUGGAGAUCCUUUUUGUACAUAACUCAACACAUCCUCCUAUGUUUAAAGAAUAAAGACCCAAAGAGAUGGACUUCAGAUACCAUAUUUGCGAAGAAAGUGAUUACGAAACUUGUGGGCAGUCAGUGUUCUUAUGGCACGACCUGCGGUGAUUAUGAUGAGAUUUUUUU